AUGAGAGACGAUAGAGGUUGUUUCUAUAUUUCAUUUCAAUUUCAAACUACUAUAUUAUUUUUUCAUUUUCUGAUUGUACUGAUUUCUUGGCAAUAUUAUUUAACAGCAAAAGAACAUUCAAAAAUUUUUAUAGAAACAACUUGUCAAAUAAAUCAAACAUUAACUACAAAUAUACAUUGUUCAAUUAGACAAAAUAAUACAAAAGUAAAGAAAUUAUGUACAACAACAUAUUAUGGAAUUAAUUAUGGAAAUAAUCUAUUUACAUUUUUUGAUCAAUUACCGAGUUGGUUUUCUCCAAUUGAUUUAAAAAAUCUUAAUAAAAAUUCAAUGAUUUUUUUGAGAAAACCUCUUUUUAAACCAAUCAAUAUAACAUGUUAUUAUAAUCGUUUAAAUCAUAUGGAACUUCGAUGGACACAACCUGAUCCAAAAACAUUUAUUCAAAUAAUUCUUUUUAGUUUUUUUUCUCUUUGUCUCAUUUUGAUUCAUUGCUUUGACGAAUGUUAUCGCCAUAGACGAUCAAAUAGAUAA